GUGUUUGUCCUGUUGUCGAGCUCCACCCGCAAAGUUAUACCAGUUCUGUUUCGCUUUUCUUUCCUGACUUUCCGUACCAGCUCUCGGUCUCCGUUUUUUUCAGUAUCUUAGCUUGACCAUGGGAAACGGCGCCAAAGCUGCACAAAAGCGUGAACGCAAUGCUUCAAAAAACGCAGACAAAGGGCCUACAAGUAGGACCAAGGUUAAUGAAGCGGCAAAGAACAUUGUUUGCCAGACUUGCAGACAGACCUUUUUGCUCACCACCCGUGCACCAGCGCUAGAGGAGCACGCCCAGAACAGACACUCAAAGACAUUGGCGGAAUGUUUCCCAAACUUUACCAAGUAGGAUGCGUCCGAUACAUGUUUGUCUAAUGGGUGGGAUGUGAAUGGUUGUGCACCAAUGCAUUACGUUGUAGAACAAGUUAAAACUCUGAAGAAAGAGUAAGCGAGGUGAGAAAGAAAAAGUCAAGUGACUAACUCACAUCAUAACUAUCCAUAAAUGUCCUCGCCUGGUGAUGCUCAUAGCGAGAAGCUUGUUGAACCCGUAGCCUGUGCACUUGCUCCCGCGCUCUGCAUCUUUUCUCCGACCUUCUUGUUAACUUCGAAGAACUUUGCCACACAUCUAUCAAUGCAGACGCUCUCGCCCUUGUUGAGGUCUCCUUCGGCAUAGCGAGGACUGAUGCACUUGGCAUGACAUGAA